CAAAAAAGCUGGAAAAAAUGUGGAGUGAAACCAGUCUCCUCCAAGGCUGGCAGAGGAGGCAGCCUUUGUGAUGCUGAUGCUGAUGCUGAUGCUGCGGUAAACCCCGGGGCACUGAAGAGCCAACAAGCGGCGGGAAGCAAGCAGACGGAGACCGCCAAAACACCUGCUGAUGGGGAAACCGCUGACCGACAGAGAGGAAGACAGAAAGAGAGAGAGCAGGAGCUGAAGAAGAAGAGGAGGAGGAGAGAGCCUCGACAAGCACGAAGGAGAGCAGUACAGUCCAGUUUGAACAACGCAGACGGAGACCCCAUCAUCCAGACGCUGUUUAGUGGGAGAACAAAAACCCAGUGAUGGAGUUGCAUUCAGCUUUCAGAGACAAAAUAAGCAGAAGCUGGGUCACAGCUCGGCUCGUCCUGUCGCUCCUGCUCCUGUUCGGAUGCCAAAACAGUCUUGGCCAGACUUCGUCAGAAGCUCAGAAGGAGACUAGCGGCAACGACAACAGCACGGUCUUCACCAGGAUCCUGGAUGGACUCUUGGAUGGCUAUGACAACAGGCUCAGACCAGGGCUUGGAGAGAAUGUCACUGAGAUCAAGACAAACAUUUUUGUCACCAGCUUCGGUCCCGUGUCCGACACUGAGAUGGAAUACACCAUAGACGUGUUCUUCCGUCAGAGCUGGAAGGACGAGCGGCUGUGCUUCAAAGGGCCCAUGGAGAUGCUGCCGCUGAACAACCUGCUGGCCAGCAACAUUUGGACUCCCGAUACCUUCUUCCUCAAUGGCAAAAAGUCCAUCGCUCACAACAUGACCACGCCCAACAAGCUGCUGAGGCUGAAGGAUGACGGCACCCUGCUUUACACCAUGAGGUUGACCAUCUCAGCAGAAUGCCCCAUGCAGCUGGAGGACUUCCCCAUGGACGCCCACGCCUGCCCGCUCAAGUUUGGCAGCUAUGCCUAUCCUGUGUCUGAGGUGGUCUACACUUGGACUCAGGGGGCYGCCAAGUCUGUGGUGGUAGCGGAAGAUGGCUCCAGGCUGAACCAGUACCAUCUCAUUGGGCAAACCGCUGGCACAGAGGACAUACACACCAGCAGAGGACAGUACACAGUAAUGAUGGCCCACUUCUACCUGAAGAGGAAGAUUGGAUAUUUUGUCAUCCAGACCUACAUGCCAUGCUUCAUGACAGUAAUCCUCUCCCAGGUAUCGUUUUGGCUUAAUCGAGAAUCGGUUCCUGCAAGAACUGUGUUCGGUGUGACCACUGUGCUGACUAUGACCACACUCAGCAUCAGUGCCAGGAACUCACUUCCCAAAGUGGCCUACGCGACCGCCAUGGAUUGGUUCAUCGCUGUCUGCUACGCUUUCGUCUUUUCCGCCCUCAUCGAGUUUGCCACGGUGAACUACUUCACCAAGAGAAGCUGGGCUUGGGAUGGCAAAAAAGCUCUGGAAGCACAGCACCCCAAGAAACGAGACCCGAUGGUGCUGUCCAAGAAGCCGAACAACGUUUGCUCAGCAGGCGUCAACUACACCCCCAACCUCACUAAGGACGUGUCCAUCUCCACCAUCUCCAACACAUCAGUGCAGCUCAGAGCCUCAGAGAGUAAAAUGGUAGACCACAAGAAGACCUACAACAGYGUAAGCAAGAUCGACAAGAUGUCGCGGAUAGUGUUCCCCGUCCUCUUUGGAACCUUCAACCUCGUCUACUGGGCCACAUACCUGAACAGAGAACCAGUGGUGAAAGGAGUCGCCGCUUCAACAUAAUCAUCACUUUUCUGGUUUUUGGAGUCGGAGUUCAUGUGAGAGAGAGAGAGGAAAGAGGGGGUUUGGACCUAAUCGAGUAGAAAAGUAAAAUCAAACAUCUGUGCUUGAAGAACAACAACCAUAUCCAGCAAUCUAAUUCAGGCACUUUUAAUGAAUGCAAGGCUGCAACAGAAACCCUUUCCUGUUGCCAAGGCCUAAAAAACUGUUUGAUCAUGAAGAAACUACUUCAAACAGGAGAGCGGGUGCUUUGCUUCUUUUAUCAUGUAUGCUGCUGCAGUUUGCAUGAUGUUUUCCUAAACAGAAAACGACAGACUCCUCUAGUUCUGAAUACCGACCAUKUAUAUGUCAAUCAUUGCUUAAAGUACAGGAGAACACUUUGUUUGUAUUGGAAUUUGGAAAAAAAGGUAUUAGGAAUGGUUGUUGGAUUUUAAAUUUUGUGGAGAAAACWGGUCACCAAUAAUGCUGCAAAUCUAAUAAUAGUUUAGCUUUGAAUCUUUUUAAAAUAUUACCAUUUUAUACCCUUCAAAUGCUAUUGUUUCUUCUUGAAAAAAAAUGGUUAAGGUUAUUAUUAAAGAAAGCCCUGAAAAAGCCAACCAAGAAUAUUUUGACAAGAAUAUUUUACCCCACAAAGUGAAAAGACAAAACUGAAUGACAUGUUACAUUCUGUACAUACAUAAAUAGGACUUAAGUGAAUUUUACGCUUUGCUCACUCAGCUGUGACCAAGCAACAGCUCUAAUUACUGUUUCUACUAGGUUACCCAAGUAGAAAUGUUGUUUCUGGAAAAAAAAAGAGGAAAGUUGCAAUGUACAAACAUAAGUAUUUUUUCAAGAAUAAGGCCAGAAGUGAACUCAUGGUGCUCCUGAACUGGACUAUUUGUUCCAUUUUUAUUUUUUGGUAAUAGGUACAUGUUCACUGCUUAACAACAAAUUAAAAUAUUUGAUUUGAGCCAGUCCAGGGGGAUUCAUACCUAUGUUCUCCUGGGAUAAUAAUGAGUCUUGAAAGAUACCAAGGAACACAGGGAUGAAUGUACUGAAUGGGUACUUAGGAAUCUUGGAAACAUAGGUACUAGGGAAGAUAAACAUUGAGAAACAUAGGAAUGGGUGUACCAGGGGAGUACACAGGGAUUUGGAGAACAUAGGUACUGGAGUACUUGGGAACAAUGGAACCAGAGAACAAAGAUACUGCAAGCAUAAGUACUGGGGAAUAUUGGUACUGGGGCACUAGGGUACAUAGGUACCAGGAAACAKGAAUGUGUGUACCGGGAAACAUAUGGAUCCAGAGAACAUAUGUACCAGGCAACCUAGGUAUGGGUGUACCAGUGGGGUACAUAGGGAUCUGGAGAACAUAGAUACUGGGGAACAUAGGUACCCGGGAACAUAGGCACUGGGGAACAUAUGUAGGUACUAAGGAACAUAGGUAAUGGAUAACAUAAGAACCAGAUAACACAGGAAUGGGUGUCCAGGGAAGGUACUGAAAAACAACAGGGAAACAUAGGGAUGGGUGUAUGGGAGUUGGGGGUACAUAGGCUCUGUAAAACAGAAAUGUCCUCAGUCUGAGGUGCAGUCAAACAUGUAAACUUCACACAGAAAAACCAGAAACUCCUACCUGAGCUUGAACUCAGGACAUGCUGCGAGGUCAGAGUGCUAAACACUUCUACAACACUACAUCCAUCAUGCUGCCAAAUAAAAUAUGGCAAGUUUUGUUGUAGUUAACUCUAUAAAAGUGAGUAAAUUACAAUAACCAGCAAAUGAAUGCACUAAUAAUAAAAACCUGAACAAAAAGAGUCUGGUUCAGGAGCAUGGAGCGGUUCACUACCUUGUUUAGCCUUCGAAACAACAAACCAACUUUUUCUGUGAAUAAUUUGGAGUUGUUUUCAAAUCAUUUUGACUUCAAUAUUGACAUUGUAACUUUGUUUUAUUGGGAGUGUUCCUAAUAAAAAGUAAAUUUAACUGUAUGGUAAAUUGGAAUAAUUUGUCUUCAACUUACUGGUAAUUUUGUGUGAAACACCACAACCUACUCGAGCAGGAAACUUUUAAAUCCAAAUUAUGUUGCAUUGGUCCUAAAAGAAAAACAAACCAUCAUUAAAAAAAAUCAAAACAGAAAUACACCAGAUAAGGACAGACCUGUUUGCAUCCAAAGUAGCACAUUUUAAAAAAUGUUUCUUGCCAACAUGUGUGAAACACGCUAAUGCUAAUUGGUCAAAUUAAAUUUGAAUUAAUAUGUUUUCUCUGUUAUGUGCUAUUUAAAUUUUUUGUCAACGGUUUUUUAAAUACUCACCAUUUUAUAUUAAUUUAAUAAAUUACAAUGCUCUUUUGAAAAAAGAAAAUAGAUCACUUUGUUAGAUAGUUAGUAAGCAAGCUAAUUAGCACAGUUGCUAAAAAAAUAAAGUUGUUUUUUGUGUGGCUGAUUUAAUUCAAACUGUAUGUUUUUUAUGUAGUUGUAGUUUAUUCUCUUGACACUUGAGGUUAAAAUAUAGCAAAAUACCAACAAUUUAUCCUAAUUUUGGGGGUGUUCUGCUUAUUUUGAGUUUUGUCUGCUCAAAUGAAUAUUUUGGAUUUUUUAAAUGAAGUUCUGUGGGGUUGUCAACAGCGGGUAUCUUAAACUGAAUUACACAUUUUGAAAUUGUUUUAAAAUCCAUUUGAAAGUAGACUAAAGUUCAAUUUACUUUUGUCUAAGCUUUGACUGUGCUGACUGCCAUCUGCUGGCAAGAUUACUAACCAAAUUUUCCACUGAAAUGACAGAAGAGAAAAAUCUAAACUAUCCUUUUAAGGACUGAUUUAUUUGUGGGGGCAACAGAAUUUAAAUAAAAUGGGCCAAAUUAAGCAUCAUAAAGUAAACAUGUAAAUAGCCUUUUCAUUUCUAACUUUUGCCUUUGAUAAACAAAAAAGUUGUAUCUUUAAGCCCUUCUAUUAAAAAAAAUCUUAUGCCGACUUUCAAUAUAUUUAGUGUAUGCACUUGUCUUGGAUAUCUUUUUCACCUGCAGCUCAUUUUGUUCUUGAAGCUUGUUAAACAAAAACCUUAAUUUCUGUUUUAUUUUUUCAGUUGAAGGCUGUGAGCACAAGUGUUGACAUUAAGUUCUUAAAGGGACCUGAAAAGCACAGCAUGUGCGACUAGUUGGACUGUGGUGAGUCAUACUCAGGAACAAAAGGACUCAUGUUCUCAGCAGAACGAAUGCCUCUCCAUCAGCGAGACAUGGAUCACAUGGACGCCAAACAUCGACUGUUGAGGACAUUGUCUUGGAUAACUUCAGGGCACGUAACAGAUUGUGUUACUCAGUCAUAGAAAAAAAGUAAAUACACCUUCUCUCAGUGCUAAGGUACAUAAAUGAAUGUCCUGAUACGUAAAACCUUAAGCUAGUGUCUCACUGGGCUGUGACUCUUGGUGUAUAAGAUUUGCAAAGAGGCCCUCAGAAUAUCAAUAAUUAUGCUUGGAGGGGUUCUCAAUUUUCUUGUAUGACUCACAGAAGUUUGCAAUGUUGAAGCUUGAAUUUUAAAAAUAUUCCAAAACACUUUCUUUGAAAAUAGUCAGUGUUUUUGCAGGCACCUCAAACCCACCAGGAACCCUUCUCAAUUUAGUCCCAGACAUCUUGAACCCUUCCCAAUUUUGCUAUGGGCUUCUUAACUCAUCUCAAAUCCUUGAAUUUGUUGUGAGUGCCUUAAACCCUUUACUGUUUUGUUGCAGGUGUCUAGAACCCUUCUUAGUUUUGUUGCGGGCACAUUAAAUUCCCCCGAGUUUUAUUAUGGGCAUCUUGACCUCUUCCCAAUUUAGUCAUGGGCAGCUUUAGUACCUUGAAACCUUCCUAGUUUUGCUGUGGGUGUCUUAAACCCAUCAUAAACCCUUCUUUUUCACAAGCAAAUUGAACUUCUCUUGAACCCUGCUCAAAUUGGUUGUAGGUGCCUUAAGUCCUUUUCAGUUUUGUUGCAGGUAUCUUGAACCUAUUUUGAAUCAUUCUCAAAUUUGUUGUUGAUAUCUUUAGUCUUACUCAAGAUUGUGACAAGAGCCUUAAACUCUCCUUAAUUUUGUCACAGGACUAUGAACCCUACCGAACUUUGUUGUUGGCAUAUUUAACCAUCUCAAACCCUUCUCAGUUUUGUUGCCAUCRUCUCAAACCAAUCACAAACCCUUCUCAACCCUUCACAGACAGCAUAGACCAAUUUUUAACCCCUCUCAAAUCUGUUGUGGGUGCUUUAAACCAUAUUCAGUUUUGUCACAGGCGUUUUGAACCCUUCUCAACUCCCAGUUAAAUUGGACUUGUCUCAAACCCUGUUCAUUUUUGUUGUAGGCGUUAAAACCUAUUUCAAACCUUUGUCAAAUUUAGAGCAGACAACUUAAACCCAUUUGUUGUGGGUGACUUCAACCCUUUUAAAAUUUGCUGCAGGUGUCUUGAACCCAUCUCAAAUCAUUUUCUAUUUUGUUAUGAAUGUUUUGAACCUUUAUCAGGUUUGUUGUGAGCGCCUUAAACUCUUCUUAAUUUUGAUGUGGGCAUCUUGAAUCCAUCUCAAUUUAGUUUUUAUAAAUUGUAGAACAUUAGAGCUCUAUUUUGUCACAUGUAUGAUAUCUCUUCUAUGAAAUAAUGCAGCCUUGAAUGUCUAGGAGUAAAUAACACACCAAUGAUAAAUAAUAAUUAGUAAAAAAAUACAAAAAAAACAUUCAAAUCUGUCAUCGUUUCAAAAGUGCAGUAUAUUCUGGUUGACAUGGGAGUGGCUGCUAAUGUGGAUUCAAAGCAGGCCACCGAUGACACAAUGUGGGUGGAGGUAACAAAAUCACAGUUAUGGUCUAGAAUACAUUUUCACAAGCCAGGCACACAAAAACUGUUUGUGCGAAGCAUGGCUGCAUGGCAAACUGGUAAUGCUCCUGCAGCUGAAAAGUUGUCUAUAUUUGUACUUUUUUUUCUUUCAAUUUUGAGUUGCUAACUAUUUGCCAAUGAUCACAGCCCAAUGAAACAAUACACCAUCCUUCAGUACUAAGGUACAAAUAAGAAUGUCCUGAUACUAAACGCCUGAGUACUGAAAUGGUGUACUUACUUUUUACCAUAAGUGUUGUAGCUCAGUGAAUACAUCAGCUUCCACUCUACCAGCUUUGCCAUUUAACCGUAAAGUGAUUCUAAAAUCAUCCAGGUAUCUGUUAAAAAAACUAAUUUAUGUUGACUUUUCAUGACACUGCAGUAUGUCUGUUUUUGAAGUGACUGGAACUGAGGCCACGGCUCAGAGAAAGUCAAAAGUGCUGCUACCUGUCAGCUGAGGCUAUGUUUCAGUGCUCAUUAGAGUAAAAAUGAAAGUGCCACGAAACGGAGCUGAAAAGCCAGCGCAUUCAUCUGACCGUCUGGGGUACGACAUGGCAGUUGGGUGCAGAUUAGCGUGACUGGACGUCUCCCAUGGUAACAGACGCCACGUGACUCUGCUGCAUGUUGUGUGAAUCGAGGAGUUCUUCAACAGGAUUCGGGAUCAUUUCUUGAGAUGAACAUCGCUUCAGUUUACAAAAAAAAAAUACUGUAACAAACAUUUAGGUCCCUGUUUGUUCAGGGGUCUCAGUUCUUGACUGUCUUCACAAUGGCAAGCGGACAACAUGCAUGAAACCAUUUUUUAAAGGUGAAACAUCGAGAAUUUGAAUAAUUUUAAGAAGUUUUCAGCUUUUACUUAGGUUUUUGAGCAAAGGCAUUGUAGCUAGUUCUGUGCCACUCAUUUCUUGUUUUACUGUAUUUGUAUUGUGUGUUAUACUUCAAAUAAAAAAGGAUCGACAAGGACAUUGUACAAUACACUGCA